ACUUCGGAAACACUGUGGGUCACGUGUGUCCCCUAGAAGCAUCCGUAGCUGGUCACGUGAGUUUGUAGACUGUUUGUAGUGAGCCGCUGAUUUGAGGCUGUCAUACAUCAUUGACGAAUUUGUCCGGAAAUUCUCUCAGAAUGAUUUAAUAUAAACAUUUCUGAUCAUCGAAGGUCAAUUGACUUGAAGUGUUUUUGGAUCUAAAGUAAAACCGACGCGGAACUGAUACAUUAUAUCAUUCGCGACACGUGACGCGUCCUGUCAGUCAAAUCUGGCUACAAUGUUUCGAUGUGUCACAGAUGUAAAUGUAUUCCAAUAUAGAUUCAGAUGACUGAUGAAUUUGUGUUUUAAUAAAGACUCUAAACAUCACGAGUAUCAACAGAACGCACCGCGCGUCUCUGCCAGACGGUUUCGCAAAAUGCAGCUACACUGAUUUGUCUUGUGAUUUAUUAGCACCCAAAAUCCAAUCGUUUGCAUGUAAAGACAGUUGGUUUUUAAAAGACCAAGAUGCUGCGGUGGAUUCUGGGAGGUCGAGAGGCGCAGGGAACAGUGGAAAAGAGCGCGGCGCUGUUCAUUGGGGAGGAACAGCCCAAAAACUGUUUCACGGAGAUGCAGGUGCUGAAAGGACACUUUGACAUUGUUCGAUUUCUGGUGCAGAUUGAUGACUUAAGGUUUGCGUCGGCAGGUGACGACGGCCAGGUGCUUAUAUGGAAUGUUGAGACGGGAGAUUGUUUGUUGGAGCUGCGCGGUCACACACAGCAGAUCACUGCAAUGACAUCAUACUCCAUCAUCAGAGGAAGAAACGCACACGCCGCGCUCAUUACUGCAUCAUCAGACCGCACGCUCAGUUUAUGGGAUCCAGAUUCAGGAAACCGAGUGCAGAACAUAUCUGAUCUCCAGUCGUCAGUGAAGUGUUUGCUGGUGUUGGUUCGUUUGGACAUGUGGCUCUCGGGUGGAAAUGAACUGUGUGUUUGGAACAGAGACUUUGAGCUGCAGUGUAAAACGGUUCAUCACAGCGAUGCAGGUAUCUCAGCCAUGGUGGAGUUACCGAAGAACUUCAUUGCAGCUGCCAUGGAUAAAGAGAUCGUGAUAUUUAAGCUGAGCCUGUCUGGAUCAGACAUUGCGGUCAUGGCCAUGCGUCAUCUAGCUGACCAUCAGGACACCAUCCACUCUCUCAUCAGCAUCAGCGACGGCUUGUUUGCGAGCGGCUCUCAUAUCGGUGAGCUCAUCAUCUGGGAUUCAGUCGAUUGGACGAUCCAGGCGUAUGAGCACAUUCUGUGGGAGGAGCCGGCGGGAGACAGCCAAUCAGAGGUCAGACUAAAACAGAUCGAGAGAUCCAUUCAACACAUGAGCUCAGACGGAGAGUUUAUAGUGGCGGCUGUAGGCAGUGGUCUGUAUGUUUUUAAUGUGCUAGUGAAGAGUGUGGUGGCGUACAGGAAGAUGGCCCACGAUUCCAAUGUCUUACACACCAUGCUGCAAGAGGACGGGCGCCUGAUGUCGUGCUCCGAGGACGGUAGUGUGAGGCUGUGGGAGUUACAGGACCUCCCCCUGCCUGCCGAACCCGCCUCCUCAGGGUUUUUCGGGAUGUUUGGCACUUUUGGUAAGUCAAGUAAGCAGACAGGCCCUCCUGCCAAGAAAAUCCCAGAAGUCCCUGGUCUGCGCUCGCUGGAACUGAUCGGUGAUCUGAUUGGUCACUCUGGGGCUGUGCAGAUGUUUCUGAGUUUUAAGGAGAAGGGUCUGGUCACCUGCUCUACCGAUCACCUGCUCAUCAUCUGGAAGGAUGGAGAGCUACAGUCUCAGCUCCGCAGUCUCGCUGUCUUCCAGAAACUCGAGGAAAACCAGAAACUGUGAUCCGAUCUUCAGUGGAUUUCCCCAUCAUCAUCAUCAUCAUCAUCUCUGAAGUCUCUCUCAUGGCCCGGGGUUCAGGCUGUGUUUUAAAUACGAACACCUUUCUUUGCCUUACUAACCAUCUGCAAAGCUUUGUCGCAUCAGUGUUUUAACUUCACAUUGUGUCGUUAUGAUAAAAUGCUUAUGAUGUUGUGAUUUUAAUUGGUUGGUUUUAUGAAAUUAGAGUAAAUGUUUGUAAGCAUGUACAUAUUGUAAUUGUGUUUUUAUGUCAUUUUAAAUCUUUUUUUAAAAAAGUUCAAUGAUAACACUUUACAAUAAAGUCUCAUUGGUUAUAAAUACAGUUGUCCGUUCACAGUGUAUGGUUAUUAUUAUUAUUAUUAUCGCUAACUAAAAUUGAAUUAAAAAAACUAAUAUUGAAAUAUAUUUUAAAAAGUAUUUUAUUCCAGUCACAACAUUUCUUAUUUUCAUUUAACUGGAUAUACUAAAAUUAUUAAAUCGCAUAAAAAUUAAUGACUUAUAUAGUAAUAACUGCUUAAUUAAUGUUAAGUAUAGGUAACUUUUUGUUGGUGAUUCAACAAAUGUUAACAAAUGAAACUAAGAUUGUAAAAUGUUAUCGGUGUGAUUCUUGUGUAUUUAUUUUAACUGACAAAACGGAUUAUAGCUUGGUGUGUCUGUAAAU